UCCCAGACACGAAUCACCUCUAACCUCAACGCUCUUUGGUCUUUAAACAUUUGUCAUAUUCUCUCUCUACAGCGUCAAAAUUAACACACUAAAGAAAUAAAGCUACCACAAAGAGAUUACAGUGAGCAUCGAAUCUGUUCGUAAAUCAAUAACAAAAUCUCUGUUUGCAUCUUCUAAUCAUCAAUCUUUAUCUGAUUUUGUUCUUUUCUCUUCUUUAAAUUUUAAUAAUUCUAUCUUCCACCGCCUCUAUUCCGGUGACCUAUCGCCGCUUCUUUUCUUUUUAUAAAACGCUAAAAAAUUGAGUCAUAAGUAGAAGAACAGGAAAAAAUGGCAACUAAUAAGCUUCUCUUAACGUUUGUUAUCUGUCGGUUAAUUAUAACCGUUGGCUUCACCGUCGAACCAGCGGAGCUUCUCCGCCUUGGACUCGACGGUCAUCUCAGUGUUGACCCAUCAGACGUCGAAAUGGCUUCUCUAGAUUUUGGCUUACUUAGCCGAGCCGAGCCUAUGGCCGUAUUCUAUCCAACUUCUGCACAAGACAUAGCUCGGCUUGUUCGAGCUGCUUACAAUUCAGCUCGUGGAUUCACGGUGUCAGCUAGGGGUCAUGGACAUUCCAUAAAUGGGCAAUCUCAGACGAAUGAUAACGGCGUUGUGAUUGAGAUGAGCAGUAGCAGCUCGAGGAGAAAUCAGCUCGGCUUGGGGAAGCCGGCUUCACCGAAAGUAUCGGUGAAAGAGAUGAACGUCGACGUUUGGGGUGGAGAGUUAUGGAUAGAUGUGCUGAGGAGCACGCUAGAAUAUGGACUCGCACCAAAAUCAUGGACCGACUACUUGUAUCUUUCAGUCGGCGGAACCUUAUCUAAUGCAGGGAUUAGUGGACAAGCUUUUGAUCAUGGUCCUCAGAUUACAAAUAUUGAUGAACUUGACGUUGUUACAGGCAAGGGUGAGAUUUUGACAUGUUCGGAACAGCAAAAUCCAGAGCUGUUUCAUGCAGUUCUUGGUGGUUUAGGUCAAUUUGGCAUCAUCACUAGAGCUAGAAUUGCACUUGAACCAGCUCCUCAAAGAGUGAGGUGGAUCAGAGUACUCUACUCCAGCUUUUCGUCAUUUACUAGAGACCAAGAAUAUCUAAUCUCGUUGCAUGAAAACCCUAAAUUCGACUAUGUUGAGGGUUUUGUUAUUGCUGAUGAAGGCCUUAUUAAUAACUGGCGAUCCUCUUUCUUUUCUCCAUCAAACCCUGUUAAAAUUUCUUCUGUUGGAGCCUCCGGUACUGGUGUUCUUUACUGCUUGGAGAUCACCAAGAACUACGAUGAUUCUACUGUAGAUACCGUCGAUAAGGAAAUAGAAUGGUUGUUAAAGAAGCUGAAUUAUAUUCCAUCAUCAGUGUUUACGACAGAUCUGGCGUAUGUGGAUUUCUUGGAUAGGGUUCAUAAAGCAGAAUUAAAGCUUAGAUCAAAGGGUUUAUGGGAGGUGCCUCACCCUUGGCUCAAUCUUUUUGUUCCUAAAUCAAGAAUUGCUGAUUUUGAUAAAGCUGUCUUCAAGGGCAUUUUGGGCAAUAAAACUAGUGGCCCCAUUCUUAUUUAUCCCAUGAACAGAAACAAGUGGGAGCAGAGGAGCUCAGCCGUGACGCCCGACGAGGAGGUCUUUUAUCUUGUGGCGUUGCUAAGAUCAGCAUUGGAUAAUGGAGAGCACACACAAACACUCCAAUAUCUGACCAAUCAGAACCGCCAGAUUCUCAGAUUCUGUGACGAUUCUGGGAUCAAAGUGAAACAGUACUUGCCUCAUUACGCCACUCAACAAGAUUGGAUGGACCACUUUGGAGAUAAGUGGUCCACAUUUUAUCACAACAAAAUGGAAUUUGAUCCCCGCCGUAUUUUAGCAACUGGCCAACGUAUUUUCACGCCUGCCUUUUCUCAUCCUGCUGCUUCUUCAAUUAGUGCAUUAAUGGGGUCUUCGUGAUGACGGGCAUACAGUAGAUAUCAUACUUUACACCACAGAGUAAUAGAAUAGCACUGAUUUAGGAAUAUUCUUGUACAUACCAUGUCCUCUUGGCUAUGGAGUUUUUCCUUUAUUCUUAUUCCAUCUGGUGGGAAUUUUGGUGCGAUUAUAAUCCAACGGCGGGUAGGAGUAGGAUGGGCCCGGUUCGGGUUGGGUUCCGCGGUACAAUGGAGACCACAUGUCAUGUCAGGAUGUUGACAGCAGAGCAGCUCCGUCAUCUGCUCAAGACUGCAAUCCGUCGUCUUACCUACAGCCAGAAUUUUGCUUUGGGGGUUUAACCGUAAGUUAGGUUUAAUAGCUAUCUAAUAACAACCAUGUAAUUUGCUUUGUUGUGACUCGUGAGUAUGUUUAUCAGUGUUAGAUUUUUAGCACCAUUUGUAAAUUUAUGAAUUUGGUAAAAAUAUUGGUUUAUUAAA